UUUCCCAUCGCGCGGCGGUGGCCGCAGUACCGUCGUACGGUCUGAGCACGAACCAUCCUCUCUCCCUCCGCCUACAUCGGCAUGACAUCGUCUGAUCACUCACCACCCGCCACCGUCUGAGAAUCCCACCGAUCUCGCGCGAGGUCGGCCGGUCGAACGAUCGAUCGAUCGCGGCGAUCAAUUUUUUUCGUCGUUUCUCGGACCGACCGACGUCGAUCCUCUCUCUUUCUCUCUCUCUCUCUCUUGGUAUCCUCCUCCUCUUCCUCCUCCCUUUCCCUUCCCGGACACCUUCUUGAUCGCCACGAUCUCGCGAUCCCGCGGCGGAGUUCCGUUCCGUCGGCACUGAGUGCACAGCAGUGAAGGUGCGAGACGGACCGAUUACGAUGUGAUUCGCGAAUUACACCCCGAUCGACGGAAGUUCGUUCUCCGGGGGGAGGAGAUAUGCCUCUCGAUGAUCCUCCGAAGGAUGGACACGCUCGGAGGGGAUAAGGGUGCCCGGCGGCUGUCCGGCGCGAUACCCCGAGGAGGUCGAGACCCCGAGACCGCCUCCUCGUAGGCGAGACCUCCGCCGAUCUCACCGCCGGUGACGACAGACGCGCGUCUCGAUAUACUGCGGAAGGAUUAUGUGACGGUCGUGUUGUUCGUGGGCUCUACCCCUCGCGGAAUCUCCGAGAGCCUCCCUCAAGAGAGACAGAGACAGACGGAGAGAACGAAGAAGAAGAGAGAAGGAGAGAAGAGUCUCUUCUUCGGAGAGCGGCUGAGCUCGGGUUUCCGCCGAUCGCGCUUCUCAUCCGGUCCCGCUUUCUUCGCUCGAGCUCCCCCGAUCUUUAAACGACCCCCCGGAGCUCUUCAUCCCCGCGUUAAUUCUCAUUCGGCCUCAUUCAAGUGGCUACGCGAGGACCGAGAGGAAGAAAGAGAGGGAAAGAGGGAGGCGCGAACCGAUACUCGGGUUCGCGUUUCCGCGCUCGGACAUCCCCGAUCGCGUACAAGACUGUGCAAGCCGCGAUUGUUUCCGCGUUAAUUGCCCACCGGUAAUUCGUUAAUCGAUAUAUAUAAAUCUUCGCGUUAAAUUGCCCUCGGAAGCGACUCUCUCCCGCCGGCCGAGUGUGUUAGUCGCGAUUGUUCGCCGUCGAAACAUCGGCGUCUGGUGUUUUCGGAUUAAUUCCCGCGUCGUCGUGCAGCCGUCGUUUUCCUCCCCGAGGCCGUUCCGGCGCAGGAGGGACACUCCGAGCGAUCUGUGCGAUUGAAAAUACCGCAAGUAGCCGACUUGCCCCGCGGAAAAAGGCACGACGGUGUGAUAUCGCGCUUCGAGCGCAGGGAGCGCAACGAGAGCUCGAUUCUCUAUUUCGUCGUUCAUCGCGGAAGAGGAACACCGGCGGCGCACGGCGCGUUCGGUUCUGUGCUUCGUUCGGGAAAAUAUAAAGCGCGACACGUACCGCCGGGUGGGAAAACCAGCGAGGACAACCGCGCCAGCAACGGGUGACGGCAGAAGGAAGUCCGCGGAGCAGGAGGAGGGGCGACGGCACGGUUAACGAAGUAACGACAACAGUACCGUAUAACAAUCGAGUGUCGAGUGAACGACGUGCGUUUCCCGCGUCCCCGUGCGCGGAUAAAACGUGGAUAAAGACGGCCGCUUCCAGCGGAACGACUGAGCGUCGUUGUCACUCGCUGAAUUGAACCGUGCAGGAGAGACAGAGGUAGAAAGAGAGAGAGAGAGAAAGAAAGAGAGAAAAAGAGAGACUGGGAACAUCGCGCGAGCGCGCUCGUGUAUGUGUGUGUGUGCUCGAAGAUUACGCUGGUAGUAGUAGUAAUAGUUGUACACGGCGAGAUCGGGUCAACGCGGGAUUAAGCAUCGUUAAUUAUCUUAGAACCGCUGCGUAUUUGGCGCUAAUUAAUCGGCGCGACUCGUCGACGACACGCCAGAAUCCCCUGCGAGUCUCACCGCUUCCGCCGCCGUCGUCGUGAGCUCUUGAACGGAAACAAUGAAGUGGCUCUGGAUAAUCGUCUUAAUAGCUCUGGCUCUGCCAGCCGCUGUACCGCGAAAAAUACACAGGAGCAAACCCACGCCACGAUUGUACGGCGACCGAGUCCCCGUCAGGUUAAUAAGGACCACCAGCUGUAAGGUGCGGCAGAAGAUCGUGGAGACACACAAUUAUUUUCGCACGCAGGUCAAGCCAGCAGCCGCCAACAUGCUCGUCAUGAAAUGGCAUCCGGGCUUAGCGAAGGCGGCGCAGAGGUGGGCCGAUCGCUGCCUCGGCUUAGUGCACGACAAUGCAACUGGCUUGUACCUGGACGGCUUCGGCCAGAGUGGACAAAACAUUUUCAUCAGCACGGGUCGCACGCUCUGGAACUUCCCCAUCAGAAUGUGGUACAUGGAGUACAAGGACUUCAAGUACGGGGCCAAUACGACGAAUGACAUCCUCGAGGUCGGCCAUUACACGCAGGUGGUGUGGGCGACGACGCAUCUGCUCGGUUGCGGAGUGAGCCAUUGCACCGGCGGCAAGGGUCCGCUUGGCAAGGACUUCUACAUGUAUGUCUGCAACUAUGCGCCAAGUGGCAACUACAGGGGUCGUCUGGGCCUGCCCUACGUGGCCGGCAGGCCCUGCAGCAUGUGCAAGGACCAUUGCGAGCGGAGCCAGCUCUGCACGAACGCCUGCUACUACACCGACCUGUGGUCGAACUGCGCCGAGCUGGUCAGGACGUUCGGCUCCUGGGUCUGCGAGACGGACACCAAGGAGGGCCGCGAGCGUCGGAAGUUCUGCGGCGCCACGUGCAAUUGCAAGGACAAGAUCUACUACCAUUACGGGUAGGAGGAGGGCCGCUCGGCCGCGCUGGUUGGGUCCACCGAGUUGCAUGAAUAAUUUAAUCGCCAAACUAAACUACCACCAUCCCUCCUUCCCUGCCCCUCCCCCUUCUCUCUAUCUCUCUCUCUCUUUCUCACUCUCUGUCCUCCCCCUUGAAAACCUUCGUCAUCUCUCCGUCUCACGUACACGCGGACCCGGUGGCGAGUACGACGACGAUUCUGUGGACUAUGGGACGACUAUGGGAUUACGUUUGUUUCGCUCGAUGAAAGCUCGACGAGAGCUCGACAAGAGACUUCCCGACCGCCGAGCGUCGUCGUACGGACGGACAGAGAGGGCAAAGCGGUAGUAACAAAGCGGGAAUAACGCGGCGGAUGAAGUGAGAGAGGCGCGGAAUUCGCACCUCCCCCCCCCCCCCCCCNCCUCUCGCCGCUCUGUAGGCGGAGAACCCGGAUCACGCGGAUUCCGGGGGACCGCCGGUACAAUUCGCGGACUCCACGCGGAUCUAACGACUCCGGGCGUGAUGCGUGCGAUCCCCUGCUUCCGGUUCCCCGGAGGAGCUCACUUCCCGAUAAUAUACAUGUGUCACAUACAGUAUCGGGACAAAAUUAAAGUCACAUGUCACCAGGUACUUCCGUCGAUUUUGAGAACGUAUUAUAAAUUAAUGAAAAUUUCGCCACGAGUCCAAACAAUUCAAUACAAUUAGAAUCUAAUGCGUUUUUAGAACUUUCGAGUGAAACCAAUGUUAUGUACUUCUAACGCAUGUAUUAUUAUAACAAUUCAUCAAUUUGCUUCCUCGGUCGGGUUACUUUGUCAUUAAUCAGAAUGCUCACCUUGUUAUUCGACUCAACGCGCCAGCUUUAUCUCGACGUUUACACUCGCUCACACUCGUCCCAGCAGCAUUUCUCAUUUAAUACGAGAACAAGGUUAAGCCGAGAUGACUUACGUCAAAGGAGCUUGAGCGAAUCGAGGGAAGGGAUUAAUUUUUCAUCGGUGAGCUUCACGCGUCGUCUUAGUGCGCCGGGAUUAAAAUGCAAAAAUUAUUCGGUCCUCUUUCUUUCCCCGUGCGACCAACUGACGCGAGCGAAAAUAAUUCUCUAAUCGAUGCGCACACGCGCACGCGCGCGCACACACACACACACACACGUAAGCACACACAGUGGUGAAACGUGGAAAAACAAGGUUCCAGGGCCGGUUUUCGCACAAGUUUUCAACGCGCAUCCCAUCAACUCUUUAACGUACUUGCUCUUUCUAACGGUACAAUUGUCUGGUUAAGGCAUGUAUGGCCUGAUUCGGAGAGCCACCCGUCAACCCCCUGUAUAACUUUCGAAUAUGUACAAGUAAAUGAUUUUACACCUGUAAGUGAAGGUAAUCGCAGCUCUUCGUCGCGUGUGUGUGUCUCUCACGUCGCCGUAUGUAACGCCACACCGAUGAUACAACGUAGUCGAUCGUGCGUGUCUUUGGAUGAGGCAGAGCAGACGGUAACAUACAUAUAACUUCACGUCAACGUGUGUGACGUAUAUUCUUUCGCGAUUUUCGCCUCGAUUGUUUUACACACACACAUAUAUAUAUAUCUUUUUUCCUCCGAUAUGCAGCAGUGCGCAGUGCAGCGUGGACAGCGCGUAACAGACUCCAGCGGCUUACGUUGUCACCGAAAGGAUUAUAUUCACCGUCCCUGCGUGCAUGAAAUAUUUACGGUAUUAUAGGUUCCGCGCGCUCGGAGAUGCACGCAGGUAUCGGGCGCGCUAAUCGAAAAACUCACUUAACGGAUAACGCGCGCUGAAUUAACUCGGCUUGAUCUCAUUUCGGCCAAUCGUGGAAUUCCGCUGACGUUGCCCCCCACGGCCGCGCGAAGAACGACGGAGAUACUUCGAAAUAUAUAUAUAUAUAUAUCACCGGAAACUGUGUAAAUAAAUAAUCCGAUGGGUUUACAUAUCGAAACUGUGACAAUUACUAGGCGAUAGACGACUGUACUACUAAUUUUAGCUAAUUGUUAAGGGGACGGGGACAUACGACAGUGUAAAAAUAAGAGGAAAACGAGCAAGCCUCGGAGGGGAGGGGGGGGGGAGGGACGCGUCGAUGUUUCUUGUCUCGAUGUAACGACGGUAAAACUACCCUCCGUUAGUUCACGGUCGCAGUAACCUAUCAGUUCUUUUUAUCUUAGACUUAACGUUAGCGUUACGCGCGCGCAGUAUCGAAGAGUCGGGACUGCGAAGUUAACUCUUUACCGCUUAAUCUUUCUUACGAGCGGAAAAAAAAAAUAUAUAUAUUUUGGACAAACAGAGCGUACAGAGCGUAAGUAAAACUACUAGUGAUACAACCACUUUCUUUCUCGCGAUGAAAUUUUCGGGGGGAUACAUAUCGGUAUGAGAACGGUGCGUGUUUAUUGGGAACGAGUGUCGAACGUCCGACGCACGUCCGUCGCGUGCGAGACAGAGAGAGAGGGCUCUUCUUCGGCAAAACCGAAGGACGAGGAUCUACGGGGCAGCGCGAACGCAGAGGAAUCCCGCGUCUCGACCGACCGAGAUGGUCGAGAACGUCGCAUACCAUCUUUCUGCGGGAGGAACCGCGGAAGAACUGCGGAUGUACAGAUAAGCGGCGUUCGAUCGAGUAUCUUGCGCGCAAGAGAGAAAUACAAGUAUAAGUUAAGUAUAAUACUAAUACAGUUUGGUGUAUGUAUGUACGUGUGUGUGUGUGUGUGUGUGUGAAAAGUCUCCUUGUCGUUAUUUUUUAUAGGAAAAGAAAAAAUAGCGAACUUCGAGUAUUUCGCGGCAUACAUGCACACACGUGGCAUACAUACAUGCGGUAAAUGCGGUAAAGAGUUAAGAGCGAAUUGUAAAUCAUAGGGCGAUAAUACCGAUAAUACGGGGGAAGGGUGGGGAGGGAUCCGCAGGAAAUACAAUUACGUGCGACGGAUGGCGAGCGUGUGUGGUCGAUGAUAAUAAGUGGAAACUUGAUCGUCGGUAAUUAAGGAGUUCGUUCAAGAGAUAUAACAAGUGAAUGUGUAAUACAAUACUGCUCGAAAUAUAAAAAAAAAAGAACCGUUUCAAAAACUGUAAUAACUUUGUCCAUUUACAAGAGAAUGAUAUAAUAAACAUCCUGUAAAUACAGA